AUGGUUCAUUGGUCACAUGGCUCGCUGGUCACAUGCCCUGUGCAGGAACUGUUCCCUGAUAGAAGUAGUUGCGGGACUCAGUCCGAGUUGUGAGGAGGAGGUGGGUAGGUAAAGUAUAUGCCUGUGCUCUGCCAGCACCUUUGGGCAUUCAUAAAUGCCAACUGGAACCUUCCUCAUUUCUAAGCAGAGAUGAAGAUGAGUGCAUGAAAAUGAGCUACAAAUCAAGGGACCUUUCCUACUGAUUACCUCUAGAGGGCCACAUUAUUCUGCAAUAUCUGGGACACUAAGAACUGCAUAAAAAUGAAAUGUGUACUUAUUGCCUCCGAGGGAGCUGAAGUCCUGUUCUACUGGGCAGAUGAAGAGUUUGAGAAGAACCUGCAGAGCAAAUAUGAUUAUACUGAGGAACAGCAGCCACCAAACUAUGGAGACAGCAUUAAUACUCUUUUCGCUCCUUUAAUCAUCUCUUGUGUUACAAUAAUGGAGAAGAUUAAUGAUACCUAUACAUGUUUCACCACUGAAAAAGGUCACCUCUGCGUCCUUCACAUGUUUGGAGAAUGCCUCUACAUUGCAGUAAAUGGUGAUGAAACUGAAAACGAGGACGACCUGCGCAGGAAAUUGUAUGUCCUUAAGAGACUCUGUGAGGUGCAUUUUGGUCUGGUCACGUUUGACAGCCAUUUGAUUAAGAAGGAACUGCGCCCUGCAGAUUCUGAACAGCGCAAUCUAGUAUGGAAGACCUUUCAGAGCUUGCUUCUGACAUACAGUCGACUGCGAAAUGAGGACCAGAGCUUUGCUGUUGAGGCAGUGGAGCGCCUGAUUCACCCAAAGCUCUGUGAGCAGUGCAUCGAGUUCCUGGAGAAACAGAUUGUCCAUUUCAUUAACAGCAGCAGUGAGCGGGGGGCAGAGGAGGUCCUGCAUGCUUUUGUACUGGUCAACACAAAACUUCUGGCUCUUUUCUCAAGUCGAAACGCCAGUUCUUUGAGACCUGCAGAUCUACUCUCCUUAAUUCUCAUAGUUCAGGAUUUGUAUCCCAACUUCAGUACUCAAGAGCGAAAUGUGGAGGAGAAUGAAGACAAUGCGCCUUCAGAGGAGUAUUACACCCCAGAUCCAUCGCCCAAUAACAGGAGUUUAAGUGGUGGCAGCUGGGUGGAUGAUGAUUCCCCUGCACUUAGUUAUGUUGAUCCUGAAAUCCAGAUUGCUGAAGACAGUUUGAAAACCCUUGUGGGAGACAUCCCUGAAUCUACUAACACAAGAAGAGUUUUUUUGGAUGCAACCCUAAAAGAAGGCUAUUGUCCCAUGAUGCCACAUUCCAUGUACUGCUUACCACUUUGGCCGGGAAUAUCCCUGGUCCUGCUGACUAAGUUGUCAGGCAGCCAUAUUGCCCUCUCUCUGUAUCAGCUCCUAGAUGGGUUCAGCAUGCUGGAAAAGAAGCUUACAGAGGGAGGGGAUAUCCACCAAAUUUUACGAUCACACCCGAUUGCUGCUGACUUAAAACAAAGAACAGACCGAUUUGUAAAGAGUCUUGGUGGUCGCGACUCACAGUUACAGAAUUGCUGGCUGGAAUUCAAGAGCAAAGCAUUCUCAAGGCAAGACACAGGGACUGUACCAGAGCUCCUUCAUGCUUGUAGGAACAUGAACCGACAGCUGUGCUCUGUGUAUCGGCAGCUAUUUCUAGUGUCUCUGAUGAGUGGAACACAUUCCCUCUCCUUAAAUAUGCAGUCCAAGGUCCGGAAACUGGUCCAGGGGAAGCUGACUGACUGGCAGGAGUUUCUGCUGGUGAAGAGUAAAAGAAACACUACGAUGGUUAAUUACUUGGAAGAUUUUCCAGGCUUGAUACAUUUUAUCUACGUGGAUCGGACUGUAGGCCAAAUGGUGGCCCCCUCUAUAAAUACUGAUAGCAAAACAUCUUCCGAGCUGGGAACUGGAUUGUUGGCCAGUUUUAUUAAAAAUAAGGUUUGGUCCUUCAUUGGUUUGUCACGGAGAUACCUUCAGAAAGGAUACACAACGCUAACUCUGCGAGAUGGGGACUAUUAUUGCUGCUACUUCCUCUGGUUUGAGAAUGAAGCAGGUGAUAAACUUGAAAUCAUUGAGGUUCCUGUUUUAGGAGAUGAUUCUGCUCCUAUAGGAAUGCUGGCAGGCGAAUAUUACAGGAAACUGCUUCGCUACUACAGCAAAAACCACCAGACAGAGCUGGUUAAAUGCUAUGAACUGCUCACCCUGCACUUGGGCAUCAUCCCUCCAGAGUUUGUGAUCCAGCAGUGCCAUGAUCUAGCCCGCAAGCUAUGGGAACCAUCCCGGAUCCCUCUUCUAUAGAGGAACAGGAGGAGCCACCAGUAUUGUAAAUUCACCAGAUCAUUCCCACCUAACUGUGCCUAUUUACAUGAGCAAUGCUGCUCCUAGAGACAUUCUGUAGUAUUAAAUAUAAUCAGGUGACUGAUGUUAUUAAUGUUCGGAUUGCACUGAACUGCACUGAAGCCAAACAUUCCCUUAGUUGCCUUGUGGCACAGUACAGAUGCAUGGGAGUGACUGCUGUAAUCUCCUGCAAUCUUGCUCCAUAAUAGUUAUAGUGUGUCCAUGCACCAUCUGACCCUAGGACAUCAAUGGGGUUUAAUAAUGUAUAUACAAAGUUGGCCAAGUGUAGUUACUACUAUGAACAAAGCUUUAGUCUUAGCCUGCAAUACCUUAUAAACAAGCAGUUUGAAAAAAGCAUACUUGGGGCAGGGCAGAGAGGCCUUUUGCUCCCUUUUUAUUUACAAUAAAAUAAUACAUUUGACAGUCACCGCUCACAGAGCAUUAUUUUUUUGUUGCUGGUGUCAGUGACCCCAAAAAACAGAUGUUAUUUUGGAAAGUGGCAAACAAUUCAACAAUUAUAAAGCACUAAAGAUCAAUUAGUUGCCAAUAGGAUAUUCUGGAAGAUACUAAAAGUUUAUUUGAUGGUGACCUACGCCUUUAAUGGACUUGGUAGCUGAUACCCCAAUCUUGCAACUGUGAGAUUUUGCUUUCUCCCUCCCUUUGCCAUAAUGUGUCUGGAUCCUUCAUGGCUGUAAGUGAGGAAUCAGUGCAUAACUAUCAGACUGCCUUCAUAUGCCAAGUUGAAAACAACCACAGAAUAUACCUGGCACAGACCCCAGGCUGUAUUUUUGUAACCUGCAACAAAGUGUAGAUAGAAAGAAAUCUGUAUAGAAAAUAUCCAUUUGGUACGACAAAUUCUGUAAGUUUUAACAAAUACUUUGGAAUAAAAUAACAUGAUUAUACAUUA